AUGAACUUGGGAACAAUGUUCACUCUCCUAGUUCCUUUACUAGCCAUUUUUUUCUUUUUUCGAAUGAUCAUUAAGCGUAGUUCUUCGAAAGAACAUAAACUUCCACCCGGUCCACGUCCAUGGCCAAUCGUAGGGAACAUGUUUCAAAUCGGAAGAAAGAAUCCUCAUAUUAGUUUCACCAAGAUGUCUCACCUGUAUGGACCCCUCAUUUCACUCCGUAUCGGUCAAAGAAUCCUAAUAGUCGGGUCAACACCAGAUGCAGCUUCAGAGAUUCUUAAGACCCAUGAUCAUGCUCUUUCGGGUCGAGAUGUAUCAAUAUUGCUUCGAAACAAAGAACCAACAUUUCAUAAUAUGAAUCUAGUAUUUACAUCACAAUGUGAUGAUGGUUGGAGGUAUUUAAGGAAUAUCUACAAAACCGACCUUCUUUCAGGCACGGCUUUGGAAUCUCGUGCAAAUAUUAGAGAGAACAAGGUUAUGGAGAUGGUGAAGUAUCUAGCUACAAAGGAAGGCGAAGAUAUAGUUAUAAAGGAUGUCGUGUUUGUAACCGCGAUGAACAUCUUAGGCAAUGCUUCGUUAUCGAUGGAUCUAGUAGACUACGAAGGAAAUGGUAUAGGCUCGGGUAUUAUGGACACUGUACGAAGACUUGUUAUGAUAGUUGCAAAGCCACAAUUAGCAGACAUGUUUCCAAUAUUGAGUCGUUGGGAUUUAGAAGGUUGGUAUAAGCAAGUUAUGCAUAUCAUAGAACAUGAACUUGGAGCUAUUUGGGUUGAUAGUAUCCAAAGGAAAAGAAAUGAAACCAAUGGUUCUUCAUCUCCAAAGGAUUUCGUCGAUAGCUUGAUUGCAAAAGGCUUCACGAAUCGACAGAUUAAUCCACUGAUGGAGGAACUAUUUGCCGCGGGCACUGAAACCACGAGUCUAACCAUUGAAUGGUUUAUAGCAGAGCUUCUUAAAAACCAAGAAGCAAUGCAAAAAGCCAGGGAUGAAGUUAUGAAACAAAUCCAUGGAAAUGAAGUAAAUGAGUCGGAUCUAGUCCGCCUUCCUUACUUAGAAGCUUGCUUCAAGGAAACAAUAAGAUUGCAUCCAGCAGGACCACUUCUUAUACCUCGUAAAGCUAUGCAAACAUGUAACGUCAUGGGAUACACCAUUCCAAAAGAUAGUCAAGUACUAGUAAACGUGUGGGCGAUCAAUCGUGAUCCAAAGAUUUGGGACGAUCCUUUGAGGUUCAAACCCGAAAGGUUUAUUGGAUCGGGUUUGAGUUACAAAGGGAAUGACUUUGGAUACUUGCCGUUUGGAUCGGGAAGAAGAAUGUGUCCAGGAGAAACAAUGGCUUCUAAGGUAAUCCUUCUAACGGUUGCUUCUUUGAUUUUGAAUUUUGACUGGUUGAUUCCAAACAACAUAAACCCUAUGGAGAUGAAUAUGGAUGAAGAAAUGGAUAUAGCAAUGUACAAGAAGGAACCACUUCAUGUAAUUUUCAAGCUAAAUGGGCAUAUUGCAAAAUAACAU